AGUUUCAGUUUCGCACCGUUCGGGUUAUCGUCGCAGAUCGGCGCGGAAAAUUUAUCAAAAUCUCGAUCGGCGUUUUCCUCGAGUUGAAAGUUUUCCAGAGAGUUUUAAGAAAAUGUUAGUUCCACUUCUCAAGUCGCUCUGAAAUGCGGCAACAAUCAAGCAUUUGAUGAACGAGACGGAGAUGAAGGUGGAAACUAGUUCGGAAGUUACGGGUCUCCAAAAAGCAUCUGUUCCUGACCCGGGGGAUAUUGUCGAUUCGACUAAAGAAAGCAAUAGAAAAAAUACCAAGAUAUUAUGGGAGAAGGCAGUGAGGACGGUGUCCAAGGAAAGGAAAAAGUACAAGCUAUCGAGCGUGGCCAUAUCCUUAGUCGAUAAACACAAGGUCCAAAACGUUUCCAUCACUCUCACUCCACCAUCAUCACCUAAGAAUUUCGGAAUCAACAGCUUAAACUUUAAUUCCACCGCCAUGAAUAACGAAAAGCAAAACAACAGACUAAAUAAUGAAACCAGAAUUCCGAUAGCCGACGACUCUCUUCCUUCAAACGGCACUGUGGAGAGCAGAUUGGAACUGCUCAGCGAUUGUCUAAAACAAGACAGGAAUUAUUUCGAGGACAGUACUGACAAAAAUUUUGCCACGGUAUUCAAAAAAGGUCUUAUGUACAAGGGCAUCUACUGGCCGAGUUUAACCAACAGUUUUCACUGCAAACAUUUGGAGUUGGCUUAUCUGAGAUAUUCGCAUAGACAAAGGCAGAAAGCGCUCAUUAUUGUGAAUAUAGUGGAUUUACUUUUAAAGGUGGCGUUAAUAGUUGUCUGGGCUAGCAACGAACAAGAACUGAAUCUCUACCAUUAUACUGAUGAGAUAAUUUGGUCCGUUUGUUGCAUCUCCAUUAACAUCGCUGUCUGCGUCUUGGGCUGGUGGCGAUGUUUCGCAAACAAUUAUUUGCAUUGGGCUGCUUCUUGCACUUGGUUGCUGCUCACAAUUCAAAGCAUUUGCAGCGAAGGUAUUGGUUUCGGUUUGAAGGAGAGUAUGGUAUGGUACGUCCUCUUUAUCAUAUUCGUAUCUUAUGCUAUGUUGCCUUUGCCACUAAGAUGGUGUAUAAUGGCCGGAUGCAUAUCUGCUAUAAGUCAUGUUAUACUGGUGUGCGUCAGGGUGUAUUAUUUUGGAAAGUACGAAUUGCAGGAAGAAGACGCUUGCAAAAUCAAGCGAAUAGUAGCCAAUAUUAUUCUCUACAUCUGCGUCAACUUUGCAGGCAUGUAUACAAAAUAUUUAACUGACAGAAGUCAAAGGAAAGCAUUUUUGGAAACGCACAGAUCGAUGGAGACUAGAUUUAGGACACAGGUGGAAAAUGAUAAACAAGAAAAAUUACUCUUGUCAGUGCUUCCAGAUUUUGUUGCCAAAGAAAUGAUUCGAGAUAUCGAAAAAGAAGAACGAGGAGGACAUUUUCAACCCCAUCAAUUUCACAAAAUUUACAUACACAGAUACGAGAACGUCAGCAUCUUGUUUGCCGACAUCAAGGGCUUUACUGUUUUGGCUACCAAAUGCAGUGCUCAGGAACUAGUCAAGAUUUUGAAUGAACUAUUUGCAAGAUUUGAUAAGUUAGCAGCGGAAAACCAUUGCUUGAGGAUUAAAUUGUUAGGCGAUUGCUACUAUUGUGUAUCAGGGUUGCCUGUCCCACGAGCGAAUCAUGCACACUGCUGCGUCGAAAUGGGAUUGCACAUGAUUAAGGCUAUUCGAGAUACCCGUCACAAAACACAGGUAGAAGAUUUGGAUAUGAGAAUAGGAGUACAUUCUGGAUCAGUUCUAUGUGGCGUGUUAGGUUUAAGAAAAUGGCAAUUUGAUAUAUGGUCUUCUGAUGUUCGAUUGGCUAACCACAUGGAAUCGGGAGGCAAACCAGGGCAAGUACAUAUAUCGGAAGAAACGUAUAAGUGCUUAAACGGGGAUUAUGAAGUUGAACCAGGCAACGGGCAAGAGAGAGAUGCGUAUCUCAGAGAGCACAAUGUUGUAACUUAUCUAAUCAAACACUGUGAGCCGAUGAUACCAAGACGAAGACUUGCAUCAAGACCAAGUAUAUUUUCGAAUAAACUAUGGGACGAGGAAAUUAAUAGCAACAUUAGUACUCCAAGAUCGCCGAAAACACCCAGCUUUCCCUCACAACCGCCUUCUAGAGAACGAAGUGACAGCGGUAUUCAACACAGCGUCAUCGAUGAAGAGACAACAACCGACUGGACACCAGAGAUCCCUUUUGAAAAUUUGCAUAGAUCUAUCUCAGCGGAUAUCGACGAAGCACUGGAACCGAAAGGACGACAGAAAUAUGAACUAAACGCACCAAAGAAGAUCGUUACAGAGCAGGUGGACGAUAUCAUUGAUCAUAAUAUCGAAAUUGAGAGUAAUAAACGCAUGAGAAGUGCCAAUGUCAAUACAUGGACGCUAAGAUUUAUAGACAAGGAAAUGGAAAAACAGUUCAGUCAGCUAAGAGAAGAUUUGUUUAAAUCAAAUAUGCUAUCAUGCUACGUAAUUUGGUUGUUUAUUGUAAUUUCCCAUUUCGUAAUAUCUACGCUAUCUCCGCUCGUCGUAUGGUUUUUAAUGUUAGUCACUUUAAUUCUUACUGCAACGUCCGUGCUAGUAAUGGCCGAAGAAUUUGACCAGUUUCCCGAAUUGCUUCGAAGGAUCUCCCACACGUUAGUCCAUAAGCACAAAACCCGAACCGCUUUCAUUUUCAUCAUUAUCAUUAUCAUGUCGGUUGCUAGUUCAGUAAGUUUAUUCUAUCCGUUAAACAUGCCUUCCCCAUCCUCUUCUUCCUCAACCUCUCAGUCUUCCACAAAUUCAUCCAGCAACGUAGUUACAUCAACGUUUUCUGAGCCACUUCAAUACGCCCAACCGAAGAUGCUUUUACAAAGCAGCCCGUUUUCAGUGGAAGUUAAUAAUCUACAACAAGAACUUAUGUUAAAUUUGACUUUGAGUGCAAAGCUUAAUACCGAAAUCACCGUGAAGAACCUGAAUUGUUCGGGGGAAUGCAUGAAGAUGAUUAUGGGAAAGAUUCAAAACCUUAUCUCUGACGACUCAGCCUCCGUCGUCAAUUUGGACCAAGGGAAGAACAAUAGUGGAACUUUUAGAGUUACUGGUAGUUUUAGGAAAAGAAAGAAAAGGGAUAUUGGUAGUAGAAUUUACAUGGUACAAGAGAAAAUGCACGAUGGACGCCAAAUAUUGUAUAAUCAAGACACCAAUUCCUCCAAAAGGGAUCAAAAUGUAAAGGAACAAAUUCAAACGUCGACAAUUUCAACGGCAAUCUCUAAAACUCACCAAUCUAUAGAAAAAUCUGUAACAUGCUCAACUAAUCAUUCACAUCUAGCUCAUACCAAUAAUAAAACUAAUCAUUUAGUUAACUUUAAAUCUAAACGUUUCAAACGUGAUUUGGCGACAUCGUCGAUAGAAGUAACUACAGACAGUACUGAUGUUAGUACUCAGAACAGUACAAUCAUUUGCGAUGUAACUUGUAGACAUCCAGAAUACAUAGUUUUUACUUGGGUAUUAUGUAUGAUCGCGCUAGCGACUGCUUUAAAAUUGUAUUACCUCGUAAAGCUAUUUAUGGCGAGUCUUAUGGUUGGAAUUUAUACCAUUCUAAUUUUGGUACCAUAUAAACCAAUUUUUGAUAGCGUAAAUGCUAUUGCUAUUGGUGACGUAAUAGUAAUUCCUUUGUCAGCUCAGAUGUUGAUAUUGCUGGUGGUUUUCUGUUUGAUGGUCGCUUAUCAUGCGCGAUUGGUAGAAGUCACUUCUCGGCUAGAUUUUUUAUGGAAGCAGCAAGCUGAAAGGGAAUUGACUGACAUGGAAGAAACAAAACAGAAUAACAAGCAAUUAUUAAAGAAUAUUCUACCGGAACAUGUUGCUAGACAUUUUUUGUCUAACGAUAGGAAUAGUGAAGAAUUAUUCUCCCAGUAUAGAGAGGAAGUUGGAGUACUGUUUGCUACGAUCCCUAACUUUACCGAUUUUUAUUCGGAAAAAAUCAACAAAGGCGUCGAAUGUAUAAGACUGCUCAAUGAAAUUAUAGCGGAUUUUGAUGAGCUUCUAGAUGAUGAGAGAUUUAACUGUAUAGAGAAAAUAAAGACUGUUAGUGCAACGGCAACUUAUAUGGCCGCAUCGGGUUUGAAUCCUACACAUCAGACAUCUGACAAAAACUCUGAGGGUGUGCACCACUUAUGCGCUCUGAUAGAUUAUGCUAUGUGUAUGAAGGACAAAUUAGAUGAUAUCAAUAAGGAUUCUUUCAAUAACUUCGGACUCCGAAUAGGAGUUGCUUGUGGCUCUUUGGUUUGUGGAGUUAUUGGUGCCAGGAAGCCGGUAUUUGAUAUAUGGGGCGAUACAGUCAAUUUAGCCUCCAGAAUGGAUUCGACAGGCUUAAUUGGAUACAUACAAGUUCCUAAAGAAACAUCCCAGAUAUUGGGCGCCAAAGGAUAUGAAUUAAAAAAGCGAGGAAUAAUAGAUGUGAAAGGAAAGGGUUUGAUGGAAACGUACUUUGUGAUGGGUCGGCAAGAACGCAGUAGACGGCCCAGUUUCCAGCGCCAAGCGAGCAAUUACAGCACUUUGGCCGCCGUGGUAUAUGCUUUGGCUCAUACCAGAAAGAAACAUACAGGAAAUACUCCUGGCAGUGCCGUUUUGGGUAGGGCUCGAACUCAGGGCAAGAGCGAUAUUAACAAAAAGAUCAUUAACUACAGCUCGAUGAGAAUAACGAACAAGACCACAGGAGGCCCAGUAAGAAGGAAUACUACGAGAGGAAAUCACAAAAAUAUGCACGCCCGAUCUCAGCCCAACAUGCGACAGCUAAGCUCACAAAACCUGGAGAACAUGAAGUCGAUGAAAUCGAUAGAUAGGGAUAUCACAUCGGCUACUAUCAAUCGAAUGGCAGUUUCUCAGUCGGCUCCGCAUACUCCCGUGUCUUCUUCCGUUCAUCUGGAGAAUACAAAUUUUAAACCCGUCUCCCGAUUGUUGUCUGAACCUAUUGUUAAUCGGUCAAGCUCAUUGGCAUCUCACAAAAAGUCCAAAGCCGACAACAAAACCGUCAUAGAUAACGGAGCCAUAGACGAAACCGAAAACUUCAAAGUAAAACCUUCAGAAGCAAUAGUUCCCGUGCAUUCGCCGAAGCAUUGUAUUAAGAGGGACACCAAAUUUUCACUACGUAGUCCGCUAGGGAGGAAGGAAGCCAGAGUGCAGAUCGAAGCUGCUCAUCUUAGAGAUAGACUGAACAAGGUCCAUUCCCUCGAUGGGACCCAUGUUUAAAUCAAGAACUGUACUAUGUAAAGUAAUAUUUGAUUUUCAUCGUGACUACACCAUAGGUAGCUCAAAAUGCUACCAUCCUAACAAUUUUAUGAUUGACAUACUUGGUCUUGAUUCUAUAUACUUUCAAAGGUUUAAAUUAUUCCCUAAAAGUGUCAAAAUAUCGAGGAAAUACUUUUUUAUUUGUUUUGAUUUACUAAUUAUUAACUGACAAAAAAAUUCUAUCAAACCAUUUUAAGUUCUUGAGAAAAGCCCUUAGAAUUUACAAGGUACAUUUUACAGUAUAUCUAAUGAUAAUUUAUAGCACAUAAAAGUUAUCAACUAAUGCUUUUAUACAAUACAGUUCUUCUUUCUCAGCCUGGCUCCAAUGUUGUGUAUAGGCCUCUUCUAGGGUUUUCCAUGCUAUGCGAUCUCUAGCCAAUCUCAUACAUUUUCUUCCUACCAGUAUUCUAAAGUCAUCGACCGAUCUCUUUUUUGGUCAACUGACACUUCUUGUGGUCCCUCUUGGUCUCCAUAGUAAUUUGACAUUUGCAAAACUGAAAUUGUCUUCCAUAAUGUACUUGAUAGCAAUAUUUAUUCAAUAGAAACCUUUAUUUUCAGCCAUUUAGGCAAUAUUGACGUAUUGAAUAAGCGCAAUAGCUAAACGAAGAGCUACAGCAAUCCAUUUUUUAAAUUAUACUUCCAGCGAAAUAGGUAAAGAAAAGAGCAAGAAUAUUGAAAAUUGUUUUCUGAUAAUAUAAAAACUCGUAAAUUUAGAAUCAAAAACUCGUUUGAAAAAAAAAAUUGUUGAUUGAUGGGCAAUAUCAAUUCGGUUCUAUUGUUCCAUUGGUCUCGUCUUAGGGCUUUAGUAGAUACAUAUGGUUUUGAUUAUCUUUCAUUUUUUUUUUGUUUUGAAUAUCUUUUGUGUAGGCGUUUCUGAAUUUAUCUCUCGAUAUAUCCAGUGCUGUUAUAGAGAAGAUCCAUAUCAGUCUCUACGAGAUUUCUUCACCACCCGCAUAAAUGAAAAUGAAACGACUCUUUCACUCGAAAUUCCUAGUAGGUGGUACCAAAUUACUCUUAAAAAAGGGGGUUUUCAAAAUGAGCUAAUGAGUCACCUUGGUUCUAUUUGAAAAAAAACUGAGAUAUGAUUAAAAAUACGAUUUGGGCAUCAUUUAACAGGCCAAGAAAAGAUACGAAAAACAUUAGACGAUCAAAUCUGUUCUUCAAAAGUUCCUUGAGUAAUGGUUUUAACAUAGCCAUGAAGCUUUAAGCUCUAGAUUAAAAUUUAAAACAUAUCUUAUUUUAAUUCAAAGAGUCAAAAGUUGACAUAUGAUAUGUCAUUCUACUUAGCCUGUCAUUUUCUAUUAAAUAAAGUAAAAAAUCGAGGGUAUCAGAAGUUGUAAUCACAUGACUACAACUUCUGAUUUUUAAAUGACUGAUAAUUUGAUUUGUUAUAAGACCUGAUCAUUGACCAACUGUUGAGUAUACAGGCAUUUCACAUAAGUCUCUGAUAUCAGGAAAAAAUUGUCUUUGAAAUGAGUUAGAAUCAAGGCCUCUUGCUAAUUUCGAAAGUUUGCUCUCGAAUAUCCACAGUAUAUUGUGAAUUUUUUAUGGAAAUAUAUUUUUGAUAUGUUUUAUUUUAAAAUAUAUACCUAAUUUGGAAGAAUUUAUUUAACAAUAAACAAAUGUAUUGAAUUGGUAUAUGCUAAAUAAAAUUAAAUACUUUUCUUGCCAGUGUCCAAUUUAAGGGGCCAGCGAAUUUUUAUAUAUUUCACCUAAAAUACCUACUUGUUCUAGUAAAUAAAGUAUGUACAUCAAGUGUGUAAAUCUUAUGAUCACGUGAUUCAUAAGAUUUUAAACUUUAACUAGUCUUGAAAGUACUUUUUAUGUCUAAAUUAAUAUUACUUAUAAAAAAAAUAUUGAGGAUGUUAUUUCCUAAUGAUAUUUUUAUUAGAAUACAGAGGAGAAGAAUUAAAAUAAGUAAGUACUUUCAAAAGUUGUCUUCGAAUUAAAAAUUAUUUAAUGAUAUGGGUGUCAAGAGAAUACUUUUAAGCAAACCAUUUUUGUUAAAUUAUUACGGCUGGUCCAAGAGAACAAUAUUUUAUAUAUUCAUGUGUAGAUAGAUGGAGUCUUCAGUGUAAAUUAGACAUUUCUAGUCUUCUUCAGAUAUAUGACAACAUUUUGUUUAUACCGUCCUUCAUUUUUAUGAUCUUGAUGUAUUUUUUUAUUGGUAUUGUGUAUAAUUAGUUAGAUAAGUAGUAAUUUAUUAUGCUCUA